GAGAGAGAGUAAAGCUUUGAGAAUCCGCCGGCGGUGAGGUGCGGGUCCCACUCCGGCGAUCUCUUCGCUAUCAAGUCUCUAUCCUUAUCAUCAUAAAUACUCCAACCAAUCGAUACACAAAUAUCUCUCAGAUCGAUCCACGUAACUUGAUAUUGUUUGUUUGAUUCUUCAAUUCGAAUCAUCUUCUUCUUCAUCCGCUGCUGCUGCUGUUGCUGAAUUUUGAUUACUAUGUUCCGCUUCCAAUUUCUUACAGUUACGUUUCUCUUCCUUUCAAUCACUACUACUAAUCAUGUGCAUUUUGCGGUUUCUCUAUCCGCCGACGGACUCUCACUUCUCUCAUUCAAGUCCGCCAUGGAUGACGGUGGUUUAGCCUUACCGGAUUGGGACAGCGCCGAUAAAAACCCUUGCCAUUGGACCGGGAUUACAUGUAUCAAUAUAUCUUCUUCUGCUGCUUCUAGUGACGAGCCUCGCGUAGUCGGGAUCGCACUCUCUGGAAAGAAACUCAAAGGAUAUAUUCCAUCCGAGCUUGGAUCUCUAUACUACCUUCGCCGUCUCAAUCUCCAUGCUAAUAGCUUAUACGGAACAAUACCUGAUCAGCUUUUCAAUGCUUCUUCUCUCCAUAGUCUGUAUCUAUAUGAUAACAAUCUAUCUGGCUCUAUUCCUCCUUCUAUCUGUGGUCCGUCGCGGAUUUUGAACAUCGAUCUCUCGCAUAACUCUAUUUCCGGCGAAAUUCCAAAGGAUCUUCGCAAUUGCCGGCAGUUACAGAGGCUAAUACUCGCUAGGAAUAGUUUAUCAGGAGAGAUUCCUCUAGGUAUUUGGCCAGAAAUGGCGAAUUUGCUUCAGCUUGAUCUAUCAGAUAAUAAUCUAAGUGGAUCAAUUCCUCAAGACUUUGGCGAGCUUAAAUCUCUAACAGGAACACUUAAUCUGUCAUUCAAUCAUUUCUCCGGUACUCUUCCUAAAUCCUUGGGUGAUUUACCGAUGACCGUCAGUUUCGAUCUCCGUGAUAACAAUGUCAGCGGCGAAAUUCCUCAGUCAGGUUCGUUUACUAACCAAGGUCCAACCGCGUUUCUUAAUAAUCCUUUCCUAUGCGGCUUUCCUCUACAGAAAUCUUGUCUGAACAGUUCACAAUCCGUCAACGGAACUGAAAACCCUCCGCCUGGAUCCGAUAACACAGCUUCGAAGAAGGGACUUAAUCCAGGUUUGAUCAUUCUGAUUUCUGUAGCGGAUGCUGUUGGAAUAUCAUUCAUUGGUCUGAUAAUACUCUAUCUGUACUGGAGAAAGAAGGAUUCUCAUGGCUGUAGUUGCAGAGGCAAGGAAAAACUGGGUGAUAAUCCAGGGACCAUAUUCUCUUCAUGCCUCUGUUUCUUUGGUAUAUCUACAAAUGAUUCGGAUGUUGAAUCUGAAAAGGGAGGAAAUGGGGCAGCUAGCGGCAGCGGUGUUGGUGGUGGAGAAGGUGAUUUAGUUGCCAUUGAUAAAGGGUUUAGUUUCGAGCUUGACGAACUGUUAAGAGCAUCAGCUUAUGUAUUGGGAAAGAGUGGAUUAGGAAUUGUAUACAAAGUUGUUCUUGGCAAUGGUUGUCCUGUUGCAGUUAGGCGAUUAGGGGAAGGAGGAGAACAGAGGUAUAAGGAAUUUGUUGCUGAAGUUCAAGCCAUUGGAAGGGUUAAACAUCCAAAUAUCGUCAAAUUGAGAGCUUAUUAUUGGGCUCCUGAUGAAAAGCUUCUCAUUAGUGAUUUCAUCUCUAAUGGCAAUUUGGCAUCUGCUCUUCGAGGGAAACCAUCAUCCAACUUGACAUGGUCAACUAGGCUCAGCAUAGCAAAAGGAACCGCAAGAGGAUUAGCCUACCUCCAUGAAUGUAGCCCAAGAAAGUUUGUUCAUGGUGAUAUAAAACCAUCAAACAUCCUUCUCGACAAUGAUUUCCAUCCCUACAUAUGUGAUUUCGGUCUCACCAAACUAAUAACCAUCACCGGAAACAACCCCUCUUCCUCCGGCGGUUUCAUAGGAGGAGCACUUCCUUACCUAAAGUCAGUCCAACAAGACCGUUCAUCAAACAACUACAAGGCACCGGAGGCUAGAGUCACCAAUACUCGACCUACACAAAAAUGGGACGUGUAUUCUUUCGGGGUGGUGUUGCUUGAGUUGUUAACGGGGAAGUCGCCGGAUAAUUCGUCGCCAGGUCAGGCGACGUCAACAUCGACGGAGAUACAAGAUUUGGUGAGGUGGGUAAAGGAAGGAUUUGAAGAAGAAAAAAGAACAUUGUCGGAUAUGGUUGAUCCUUGUUUGCUUCAUGAAUUGGAUUGUAAGAAGGAAAUGAUGGCGGUUAUUCAUGUGGCGCUUGCGUGUUGUGAAUCGGAUGCGGAGACGAGGCCGAGGAUGAAAACUGUGCUGGAAAAUCUUGAAAAGAUAUAGGAAAUUAAGCAAAUACUUUUGAUUUGAUGACAUAUAUUUGUCUAAUUUGUUGUUUCCUUUUCUAUAAACAUAUAAAAAAAAUGUUAUAAAAUUGCUUUGCAAGCAUUAUAAUAAUAAUAAUCUACUCUUAUAGUUAUUAUGGUAUC